GUUCUGUUGGCGGUGAUCGCGCAAGAAAACCAUGGAUUACCGAUGUUUCAUCACCGUUCUUCUCGCCUUUGCAAUUGCCGAGGUCGUCGCCAACAACGCAAACGCGAAUAACGAGAAUAACAAAACUGCGGCAGCUCAAACAUCCGAAACGGAACUUCCGAGUUUGUGCAGCGUGUGCAACUGCGAAGAUGACAACGUAGACUGUGCUAACAAAAAUUUAACUGACCACUUCAAAGACGCACAAUGGCCAAACAAAACUAUGAAAGUUGCGUCGUUCAAAGGGAAUUUGCUGGUUCACGUGAAACCGUUCCCACAAAUGGAAAUCAGGCGAUUGAUCCUGCAGAGGAACAGAAUCACGAAAAUCGAUCAUCGGGCCUUUAAGCAGAUAAUUAACCUUACGGAAUUGGACCUGAGUCAUAAUCAACUUACGUCGGAGAAUUUGCAACCUCAGGUGUUCGAGGGCAAAUUUUCGAUGGCAGCCUACGAGCCGUUGGAAGAGCUGGUGAUCUUAAAUUUGGCGCACAACGUGCUCCAUUCGUUGCAUCAGGAUCUUUUCGAGCAUAUGACGAGCCUGAAGGUGUUGAAUCUUUCCUGGAAUCUGUUUACGAAAAUCGACAGCCGUACAUCCCUGGCGAUCAGCUCUCUUCUGAAUCUAGAAGAGCUAGACCUGAGUUACUGCGGUCUGAAGACACUUCCGGACAGUCAGUUCCAAUCGUUCAGGUAUCUUAAAAAGCUCGAGUUAAGCGGAAAUCGCCUAACAUCGCCGCCAAGCGCCCUCGAGGAAGCAGCGGCGCUCGAGGACCUUUACCUGAAUGAAAAUCCGAUUCAAAUAAUCGGCUCGAGUCAUCCACACCGGUUCCCAGCGAUGCCGAAACUGAAAUUGUUGAGCCUCUGUUGCAUGCCUUAUUUGACGACAGUUGGACCACAGGCCUUUUCAGGCCUGACGUCCCUCGAGAGUCUUAUUAUAGAAAAUUGUCCAAAACUGGAGGCGAUCGAUGACUAUGCUCUUGCCAACCUCAAGAAUGACUCGGAGGGACCGGUGUGGCCACCGCUAAAGAAACUCGAUCUAUCAGAUAACGCCCUGCGAUAUUUGCCUCAGCUAUUCGUAGCAAGGUGGGACUGGCUUGAAGAAUUGGAUCUGAUGAACAACAAAUGGAGCUGCGAUUGCAAUAAUCAAUAUCUGAUCAGUAGACUGCUGCCGAAGUACGGGCCGAAGCUCAUGGGAGAGCAAGUGAAUAAACUCACCUGUGCUUUGCCGCCGGAACACGCUGGCAAGAACCUGACAUCGUUAUCCAAUCGGAAGUUGCGUUGUUUGGACAUGAACGGUGCAAGGCCGGAAAAAGACGCGAUGAUCCUCAUCGGCGUGUUGAUCGGCAUAAUGCUCGCAAUUCCAGUCUGCCUGACGAUCUUCAUCUUUUGGCGUCGUGGCUUCUUCUUCUGCGGCAGCCAGAAUCCUGCAAGCUUCUCACGGGCUUUCUACAAAAGAGCCAUGAACGACGAGGAAUACUAAAUUCCUUUUCAUCUGCUUUUCAUCCCGUUAAAACGUAAAGAACGUAAAAAAAGAACAUAACGGUUGGACUGAAGAGGAUGUUUAUGCAAAUGUAUAGUUUAUUCUCUCGUACAGAAUAAUCUUGUCGAUCGACUGGUACCUCUUACCUCCUACAAUUCUGAGUACGAUUACGGUGUGUCUUACAUAUUUCUGCAAUUUUUAAUUUCACACACAAGUGCAUCAACAUCCGCAGUUUAAUAGUAUUCGUAGUAUUUCAGGCGAUUGAUGUAGCUCGCUUACAAGGUGAGUAAAUUUCAUGGAAGCUGUAGAGAAAGAGAGAAAAAAAAAAGAGCGCAAACGUGUGUUGUAAGUCAUUUAUCAGAUAAAUGGACGGUGGUUUUAUUAAGGUUUUGUGAUAAAACGUAAAAUAGAGACGAUAAGACGAAAGAUACGACUGUUUGAUUGGUAAGAUAGUGGUAAAGAAAGAUUAAAUAUUUUGUAGGAUAUAUCGCAGUUAUUUUAACCAUGUUAAUUUAUGUUGAUCAUGAUUCAUUCAAGGUAUUCCAGACAUGCAUUUCGCUCAUACAUGUGAAUGUAUUUAAUUAUCCAGUGAUGUACGUAUUUUUGUAAUAAAACCUUAAUGUAUGUA